UAUUGUGUGUAGGUUGUGUGUUUGCUAUCGCAGGCGGAGAUUGUCGCGCUCGAUCUGCCAAACAAAAAAAAUACACGUUUCAUGUCCUGUCCUGUUUUCGGCCAGCUGCUGUGCUACUUAAGCGUUCUCUUAGACCACCUGAUCUCAACGUAGCUGGAAGAGCUUUUUGUUUUUGUUACCACAAAUUACGUAUUCGAAAAUUGAGCGAGAAGGGGAGUGCGAGCGAGACAGCAAUAGAAACCAAACAAAUUUAUGUGCAAUUUUUUGGGCCUAAAAUAAAAGCAACUCGGCAAAAAGAAAUAAAACAAAGCAUCUCUAGCAACACACGGAAAUCAAACCUUUCUCUUAAAUAAAACUAAAGAGAAAAAGCAAAAAAAAAAAAGAAUAGAAAAAACUAGUUUUUUAAUUAUUGGAAUUAUAUUUUACAUGUGUUUAAAAGUGUAGCUGAAUAAUUUCACAACUUCCAAAUAAAAGAAUAUGCCAAAUAAGAAACAAAAACAAUGAAUAAUACAAUAAUAUUGAAACUGAAACUUGUGUAAAAAGAAGAAGACGACGAAGAAGAAGAAAUAGUUGCAUGCAAUGCCGAAUAAACAAAUAAAAUAAAUAAAUAUAUAAAUAAAACAAAAGAAAUACUCAAAUGCUGACUGCCAAUUGCAACUGAAUAAACUAAAAACUAAAAUUCUGCUAAACAAUGGAUGAGUUGCAUGCCACAAAUGUGCCACUUGUGGACGAGGAGAACUCUUGCAGCGCUAUCAUUCUGCCUGCCACACAGGCAACAUCAACAUCAGCCGCAACAACAAAAUUAGAACCUCUUGGGGCAGUUCACUACAAGAGUUGCAACAUCAGCACAACUGACGCUGCCACAGGGGCAUGCAACACGGCAGAGCCUGUGCCACUUUUGAAUCAAUUGCAAAAAUCAAACGAUCUAAAGCAAUGCAACGCCACCUAUGGUUCACAGAAUAAUCUGUGCAACGGUCGCUUUACGCCCAGCAACAAUCAUGUUUUGGCGCCCAAGAUCCAAAAUAGCAGCCCCAAUGGCCAGAAGAAGGGCACCAUUUCCCUAUCACAUCUGCCACAGCGUCCUCCCGUGGAUAUUGAGUUCUGUGAUAUAUCUUACUCGGUGCCCGAUGGACAUUUGCGUGGCUUUAAAACCAUUCUGAAGAGCGUCUCCGGCAAGUUUCGCAAUGGACAAAUUACGGCCAUCAUGGGACCCUCGGGUGCAGGGAAGAGCACUCUGAUGAACAUCCUAGCGGGCUACAAAACUUCCCAGUUAAGUGGCACAGUGAUGAUCAACAGCAAGGAGCGCAAUUUGCGACGUUUUCGCAAACUGUCCUGUUACAUAAUGCAGGACGAUGUGCUCAUUGCCAAUCUGUCGGUGCGUGAAGCGAUGAUGGUGGCAGCCAAUCUAAAGCUAGGCAAGAAUAUGAUAACAUAUGCCAAGUGUGUGGUGGUCGAGGAGAUACUGGAGACAAUUGGCCUCAAGGACUCGGCUAAUACGCUCACCUGCAAUCUGUCGGGUGGUCAGCGGAAACGUUUAUCGAUUGCCCUGGAGUUGGUGAACAAUCCGCCGGUGAUGUUCUUUGAUGAGCCCACCUCGGGCUUGGAUAGUUCGACUUGUUUCCAGUUGAUCUCGCUGCUGAAAUCCCUGGCACGUGGCGGACGCACCAUUGUCUGCACAAUUCAUCAGCCGUCGGCGAGACUAUUCGAGAAAUUCGAUCAUUUGUAUUUGCUGGCACAAGGUCAGUGUGUUUACGAGGGCCGAGUGCAUGGAUUGGUGCCCUAUCUCGCAUCCCUGGGUUAUGAAUGCCCCUCGUAUCACAAUCCCGCCGAUUAUGUGCUCGAAGUCGCCUCCGGCGAACAUGGCGAAGCAGUCCCCAAACUGGUCCAGGCAGUCCACAGUGGCAUCUGCAAGAAAUAUGCGCACAAAGAUUAUGGCAUCAAUUUGGCGAAUGCGCGCACAAUUGCCAAUGAUAUUGUAAAGGGUGGAGCAGAUCCAAAUAUGCCACCAUUGGCCACAAUUACGCUGGAGCACGAGAGGCUGUCCAAGUUGGAUGACGAUGCGAUGGAUGCGUUGACGGAGUUGAAACCACCGAAACUGGAAGCACAACAAUCCCAAAAUUCCGAUUGCAGCAUCAGCAACGUGCCAGUGGAGGACAGCUGCAGUUUUAGCUCCUCCAAGGCGGCUGGCCAAAAUGUUGUCUCCAGCGGAGUUGGUGGUGGUGCUACUGGUGCUGCUGCCACAAGCAGUGUUGUGGGUUGCAUGACCUCGUUGCUGGAUUCGCAUGAGAGUGUUGUCACUUUGCCCAGUCGAACGGGUUUCCCUACCAGUGGCUGGACACAGUUUUGGAUAUUGCUGAAGCGUUCGUUUAGAACGAUUAUGAGGGAUCGCAUGUUGACCCACAUGCGGCUGGCAUCGCAUAUCAUUGUGGGCGCCAUCAUUGGCAUGAUCUACUAUGAUGUGGGCAACGAGGCCGGCAAGAUUAUGAGCAACAGUGGCUGCAUCUUUUUUGUCUCCUUGUUUACCACUUUUACGGCCAUGAUGCCCACCAUUCUGACAUUUCCCACGGAAAUGGCGGUUUUUGUGCGGGAGCAUCUCAAUUAUUGGUACUCGCUCAAAGCGUUCUACUUUGCAAAGACCCUUGCCGACAUUCCCUUUCAGAUUGUUUUCUCCAGUGUAUUUGUGCUGGUCGUCUACUAUCUGACAUCGCAGCCGAUGGAAAUGCAGCGCAUCUCGAUGUUUGUGCUAAUCAACGUGCUCAGCUCGCUGGUGGCUCAAUCUUUGGGUCUGCUCAUCGGUGCCGGGAUGAAUGUGGAGACGGGCGUAUUUCUUGGCCCAGUGACGACGAUUCCAACGAUUUUAUUCUCGGGUUUCUUUGUCAACUUUGACACAAUACCAACCUAUUUACAGUGGGUCACAUAUAUCAGCUACGUUCGCUAUGGCUUUGAAGGUGCCAUGCUUUCCAUUUAUGGCAUGGAUCGGGCCAAAUUGCAUUGCAAUGAGAUCUAUUGUCAUUACCGGGUGCCCAAAAAGUUCCUUGAAUCGAUGUCCAUGCAGGAUGCCCACUUCUGGGUGGAUGCAGUGGCUCUGAUUGGAAUGUUUUUCGCUCUGCGCGUAAUUGCAUACUUUGUGCUACGCUGGAAGUUGCACAUGAUUCGCUAAUGUGGCAAGGUAGCAAGGUUGCAGGUUGGCAGACCCAUCGUUGUAAAUAGAGGAGAAAAUGCCCAAAUGGAAUUUAUGUUCGAGGAUUGUAGAUAGACGGAUGUUAUAGCUAAUUUGGUGCUUCGAAUUAAUGUUUUACGUUUGUUUGCAAUAGACACAACCAGAUAUUAUCAUACACAAAAAUCAAAACUCACAUAUAGAAAUAUAAAGAUAUAUAAAUAUAGAAAGAUAGGCACGUUCAACAGCACAAAAGUAGAGCUCCUUUUCGAGUAUAAAUAUUAAUGGUGACCAAGUAUAGGAGUCUGAACCUUAAUCUAUUGAAAAUUAACAAAUUCUACACUCAGCAUAAAAAAUCGCACUGAUUUUUAUUCAGAAGGUAUAUUUCUAAAAACCAGCUUUUGUUUUAUUUUCUAAUUUUCUUAAUUUCGGUCUACAUUUUUGUAAAAUUUAGAAAAAUAUAUGUCUAAUUUUAAUGUUGUUUUUCAUAAGAAUUUGUAUUAUUAAUUUGUAUUAUAAACAUUAGAAUUUUAAGAAUUAAAUUAUAUAAACACUUUGCAUAGUUUCAAAUUUAAAAAAUUUUAAAUUUAAAAAAAUAUUCGGCGAUUCCCAGUCUUUCUAGUUUUGUGAAAUUUGUUUUCUUAUAAUCGGAAAUCUUUCUAGUUUUUCUAAAUAUCGAUGCAAUUUUUUUUCUGAGUGUAGAGAAGUCGUAAUUAACUUCAAAUAUAUAUACAUAAAUAUAUAUCCUUGCUCAGCUCAUUUCAAUUCAUACAAUAGUUGUAGCUAUAAAUUUGCAAAUCCCAACGUUUUUCCAAUUAACCACUCCGUCCUUAUGUUGAAGGCUCUCUUUCUAUUUCUGAAUUCAAACAACCUUGUGUCAAUAACUUAAAAAUGAGUUCUGCUUGGCUUAAAAAGAAAAAAAAAAAAAAUCAAAGAACGUGCUCUAGAACCCAGUUGAAUUAAAACGUGAACCUUGUGAUACACUGCAAUUAAAAAAAUAUAUAAAAAAAUUAAAAAACAUCCAAUUUCAAAAAUCUAAAUUGAGAAAAAUCGUGUAAAAGAAACCGUAACGGAAUUCGAUUGUGGUGAUAUGAAGCAAUUAAUAUUAGUAUCGCUAUUCUUAAUUCAAGUCGAUUAAACUUCAAUUUAUAAUUGAUUAUUAAAUAUAUAUUAUCAGUUUAGUCUAGUAAAUUUUUAGUUUAAUUAUAAUAAUUUUUAUAUGUCGCCAAAAGAAAAAUGCAGUCAUAUGUUUUUAUUGUUUUUUAUACCAACAUUAUUUUCAAGUUUCCCCCAACUUAAUGUUAUGAGAAAAGCCAAAGAUGUCGUUUAACGGGAAUAAUGGAGGAAAGUUGGGCUCUUGAAUUUCAUUGCCGAAUAAGUUACAUACAUAAUUUUGUGAUACAUGUAGACAUAUAUAUAUAUAUAUAUGUAUAUAUAUAUAUAUAUAUAUAUAUAAAGAAAAAAAUGCAAGUUUAAGACAGCAAGCUGUGGCCACAUAUUAAGCAUCCUCUGAGGAGUGAAACUUAUAAACAUUAUUUAAUUGUCUACAGGGACAAAAUAAAAAAAUCAAAUAAAGAGUUAUGUAUGUAUAUUGUCAGUUGUAGAGGAUGCAUAUUUAAAGUGCAUGUAUAAUUGAAAAUACAUAAGCAAAACACACAACAAAAACCCAGUAGAAUAUUUUUAAUAAAGAAUCAAAUAAUAUCUUCA